AGGUGUGAUGGCGUCUUGAAAAUUUUCAUGGGCAUAAUAUAGUUACAUAUCGCCGAAUUGCGGAUUUUCGAGUCCAUGAAUAAUCGAUGUUUUGGAGAUUGGUUUGUUAGACCAUUUUAUCCAUUUACCGUUACGGGAUCUGAAUACAUUUGCUUGACAUAACGCACCUGUUCUUCGCAUCACCUAAGCCAGAGCUUUGAUUGCCGAUAACCUCGAGGCAUCUCGUUAAUUAACGAGUUUUAAAAAGCCCUCUUUUUAAUUAAGAGGGUUUUACUUUUUCCUGUUUUUUUUGUAUCGCACGUAAUUAUCUCAUGUCAAACUUGUGGUCACGCAUGGUUGGUUUCCCACUGCUGGACCUUAUUGUCAUCCGAUUGUCCACCUAGAGGCCGAUUGUAGCGGUUAUUACCCGAGCUGAGGGCUCCCGGAUAUCCUGAGAUUUGUAACCACGGGGGUGGACAACCGACACGAAGAAUCUUAAGGGGAGCAGGAACACCACGUAGCCGCCACGUUUCCGGAGAACGGUGAAAUAAACUUAGCCUUUCGAUAUUAGUACUAUUUGCCAUUGCAUAGGCACUCCUAUUGUUAAUCUUAAGCGAAGGGUUACGCUCGCAUCUGGGGCACUUUACCGAUCGGAGGUACAAAGUAAGGGGAUAGGAAUAAUUGGUACAUUGACGGGUCAUACUGCUGUGGAUCCCGUUGAAUUUGUAAGCGCAUGAGUACUCAUACCGCCUUGUUAACUAAGCAACCCCGUACCACGUCAUUAAAGUGUUUAGCUUAUAAUUAAUGCCUAGAACUAUCCAUUUAUGCAACACCGUUUAAUCCAGGCUGCUUGGCCACUGCCGACCUCACUAUAAAAAGGGAAAAGCAAGGGUGGGAAGACCAUUUUGUUUGCGGAUAGACUACUAUUUGGGAAGGGUGGGGCAAUUAACCCACGGGCUUCGCGUCGGUUGCCGCUCACUAAUUUUUGCAUGUGAUAUUACCUGUGGGUUAGUCAUUAGUUGUUAUAUAUAUAUAUCUACUUUAGUAGUCGAUUUUAUACAUAUUUAUUGUUACUUGUUAUACUGUGUGUUGGGGUACCUUAAAUUGAUUCUGUGAUUAUUUGCAUGUGUAAUUGCAAUACUGUUGGUUACAAAUUAUACUAUCACCGUUGAAGUUACCUCCAGUGUUUUGGAUUAUUGCUCGUUCCUACAGGGUAUUUAUUGCCCUGCAGUGGUAUCAACCUUCCUUGUUCAGGUUGAACCGAAGACCUUCUCUAGUAGUGAACAAGGUGGCGCCCAUUUAUUGUUUGAGGUGGUAAGUCAAAUCGUUAGUCCAACGCCCUACCCUGAGUAUUAUAGUUUCGUGUGGUUUAAUUUAAUUGAGCCGCUAGCUGAGGCAUCCCCUUUAUUUAACGUGGGGUUUGUAAAUCAGCGCCACUCAAACUUAGCGUUACAAUUGCUUAUUUGUGAGUGCGAUAUUCUUUAAAUGCAUAGGUAAUUAUUUAAUUACUUAUGAUAAAUUAAUUAUUUAAGAUAGUAAUUAUCACAACAAAGACGGCAAUGAAAUACAUUACCAAAAAUAGACAAGCGGCCCUGUGAUUUAUCACUAACGUUAAACUUAACGUGCAGGCAAUCUGUAGAAAACGUUUUUUGGCAGAUAAUCUGCACGUUAAGUUUAUCAUUUCUGAUACAUCACAGGGCUGAAUGUAGGUUGUAGGUAGUACCGACAUGUUGGUAGUCGUUUAGUGAGACCAUUGAGUAAUAAAUAUUAUUCAAUGGUAUAUUAUUCAAUGGUAGGACGAAAGUGUUUACUGAGAUUCAUAUUUUGCUUCGCGUAUCUCUGUGAAUAUGACCAAUCAGAAUAGCUAACCGCCAUUGAUACGGAAAUAAAAUCACUUUACCUCCACUCCUUUCUGUUCCUUCAGCACUUCAUGAAAUGUCUCCAUAGCAGUCAUGCUGUCGUAAAAUGAACCAAGGGAGUCGUAGAAGAACGCAUACUUCGUGAUAAUCCCUUGCGCCCUAGAACAAAAGAAGGAAAAUGAAUUAUAAUGUGUAAUUUGCUCAGGUUUUCAAUCAAAAAUUUAAGUUUGACAUUGAUUACCACAUUAAGGUCAAUACAAUGGAUAUGUGCCUCAAUUGCAAUUUUACCCAAUUUUAAGAACUUAGCAGCGGAAUUCAUACAAACCACACAAGGUUGCCAUUAAUGCAUAAAGGCCACUUCACAAAGUUACAGAUUCAUUAUUAAGUAAGUUUGUCUGCCAAUUAAAUAGUUAUUAUCAUGUUGUAAAGAAAACGGGAAAAUUCCGAUUGCUUCCAAAGAUAUUUCACAGCACAAACCGCAAUUUCCCGAUUUAUUUUUUGUUUUUUUCUGAUAUCAUUUCAACAGAUACAAACAAAAUUUCAUUGCCACUAGUUUGUUAUCAAUACAACGUUUCGUUUCGAAGAAAUGAUCAUCAAUUUUAUUUUUUAUAUGACCCGCAUUUUUAGCGCAUUUUUGGAAAAAAAUACGCUAUUAUAUUCCAUAAGGCUGGCUGGCUGCCCGACUGAGAACUCAGCAAUUACAAUAGCUAGAGACUUCAAAUGUUCGCUAAAAGCUUUCUGUUAUAGUGUAGAUGUGCAGGCACUAUUCUAUUUUGAGUUAGAUCUCACGUGAGAUCGAUAAUUUUAAACUUUGCUAAUAAAAUACUGAUCUGCAUUACCAAAAAUGCAUAAUAUUAUGCUGAUUUACAACUUGUUUAUUACGAAUACAAUAGUCUGGGCAAGAAAUUCAGUAAAGCGCAUUGUAAACGUUCUAACAACAAAUCGUGAGAAAGAUUUUAAUGUGUUUUUAGGACACUGCUGAAUCCGAUUUCGCCUGUCACCACCUCGAAUUCUCAAAUCAAGACAGCAGUCAAAAUGGCGGCUAAAACUCACUUUAACAUUUUUAACAAGAAUGUCAUCAUGAGUUUUAUGUAACGUAUACGUGUUUCCACUUAUUACUAUAUUAUGAAACAUUUUGAAGCAACAAAAAUUAAGAUGAAGGCUGAAAUGGCGCUCCAAAUACCGAGUUUUCUAGUAUUCUUGAUUUAGUUUACUUUAAGUGAGCAAAAAUUUUGCUUUUUUGCAAAAUCGGAUUCGGCAGGGUCCAAAACGCCCAGAUACCAUGUGUAUUUCCCGAUUUCCCUCACAGCGUCGACAUCGGGGAAUCCUAGCUUUGAUUGAAAAAAAUUAAAAAGGUUCAAAUAAUUACAAUAAAUACAAAGAAUUUUAAAUAGCUUUUUGGACUUUAUUUUUUAAAAUCUCCAUUGAAUCUUUCUCGAUUGACAUUUUUUUAUUUUUUCAGAAAUGUCCAUCGUCUCUUUUUGGAUUGAAUUUUUUAGUGUUAUAUUUUAGAAAAGCGGAUUUAAUAUGCAAUCGUUUUUAACCAAUAAAGGUCGAAGUAACAGAUUCGCAGAUAAGUAGUAAAAACUGACAUAAGUUUCAGUCUGAUUAACGACAUGCCAUUUUCAAAGCAAAAAUUACUUAUGCUAAUCUUCCAAUAUAAAUUGGCGGAAUCUAAGUGGUAAACACUAACAAAUUAAAGGCCAUACUAAAGAUUAUGGAGGGCAUGUCCUUAAGGAACAGGGACAGGAACUUUGGAAAUGGUUUAAAUUAUACAGGGUGUUACAUUUAAGUCCGAUAACUUUUUACCUGGCCUCGUAUACUUAUAUUGAAAACGGCAGAUUAUUCAAGAAUAAUUUGAAAGAAACUUUUGUAAUAAACCUUUCUCUGUACUUAUCUCUUUCAGCUAUGAACCGGUAAUUCUGAAAUUGAGUUUUUUUUUAUUUCUUCUCGUAUCUUUAAGCGAGCGAAUAUUUUAAAAUUUUGAUUUUACUAUUAAGUUUGGCCCAAAAAGAGCACAUGACCCCUAUAUUACUUUUUUGAUAUCACUAACAACUCCCCUACAAAAGUGUUAAGAAUUUCCACCCCGUUAACAACAAUGAAACUGCACAUUACUCCGUUGUUGCAGUCACCUCAUCAGGAUGCACGAUUGUUGUCUCAAAUCGUCUUCCGUUUGUCUUGCAGAGGGAUGAAAAUGGACGGUUGUUUAGAAAGGCGAGUGCUGGCGGUUUGGUGACUGCUAUGGCGCCCGUGGUUAUUAACGAUGGUGGAUAUUGGGUAGGAUGGCCAGGUAUACAUCUGGAUGACCGCAAUGAGUCCAUUCCCGAGUCGGAUCCUAGUGAUAUUACUCCCACAGCUGGAUUAAAGUCUGAUAAGGUAGUUCCAGUUCACAUAGGUUCCACAAAAUUUAAUGAUUACUACAAUGGUUGCUGCAAUGCCACAUUGUGGCCGUUAUUUCUCUCAAUGCCAGAUAGAGCAGUAUUUAGUCGCGACCAUUGGAAAGCAUACGUCGAAGUCAACAAGGAAUUCGCAGACCGCACAUUCGAAACGCUCAAAAAAGUCUAUAACUCGAACUCGGGCAAUCGAGACGAUGCUCCCUUAGUGUGGAUACACGAUUAUCAUCUGACUAUUGCACCGAAUUGGAUACGAGAGGCGGCUACAGACGAGGACAUAGGUUGUAAGAUAGGUUUCUUCCUCCACAUUCCGUUCCCGUCUUGGGAUAUAUUUCGAUUACUCCCAUGGGCCGAUGAAAUACUACAAGGAAUGUUAGCGUGCGACAUGGUAGGGUUUCACAUUACCGACUACUGCCUCAACUUCGUCGACUGUUGUCAACGAUGUUUAGGUUGUCGAAUUGAUAAGAAAAAUCUAAUGGUUAAGCACGUCGGCAGGACCGUACGUGUGCGGGCUUUGCCCAUUGGAAUACCGUACGAGAGGUUUGUGCAAUUAGCCGAGAAGGCACCCAAAGUAUUAUCGACCAACCAGAAAAUUAUUUUGGGAGUAGACCGGUUGGAUUACACAAAGGGUUUGGUGCAUCGUUUUUUGUCCUUUGAGUCACUUUUGGAAAACUUUCCCGAGCAUCGUGAAAAAGUUUCGUUUCUUCAAAUUGCGGUACCCUCGCGCACUGAUGUUAAAGAGUAUCAAGAUCUGAAAGAAGAAAUAGAUCAACUCGUCGGGCGAAUUAAUGGAAAGUUCAGUACGCCGAAUUGGGCACCGAUCAGAUACAUUUACGGCUGCGUAACUCAGGACGAACUCGCCGCCUUUUAUCGAGAGGCGGCCGUCGGGCUAGUGACACCAUUACGAGAUGGAAUGAAUUUGGUUGCCAAAGAAUUUGUCGCCUGUCAAUUAAACGUCCCCCCAGGUGUGCUGAUCGUGUCAUCUUUUGCGGGUGCCAGUGAAACCAUGCACGAGGCAAUCAUCUGCAAUCCGUACGAGAUCGAAGGCGCAUCUGAAUGUCUGCACCGAGCACUCACAAUGCCCGAGGACGAACGAAUACUAAGAAUGAAUUACUUGCGAAGGCGCGAGAAACUCAACGAUGUUUACUAUUGGAAAAGAUCGUUUUUACAGGCGAUCGGUUCUUUGGUUACGCAAAAUGAGGAUGAGAGCAUCGACAAUGUAACUAUUCCCGAAGUUACUCUGGACGAUUUCGACGAGUAUCUCGUAAAAUACUUCGGGAACAAUCACAAACUUGCGUUGCUAUUAGACUACGAUGGUACCUUGGCUCCAAUAGCUCCACAUCCUAAUCUCGCAAUACUACCAACGGAAACAAAAAAUGUAUUGCAAAGGUUGUCGAAUAUGCCAGACUGUUAUAUAGCGGUAAUUUCUGGAAGAAACGUCAACAACGUUAAGGACAUGGUUGGAAUUGAAGGGAUAACUUACGCAGGUAGUCACGGGUUGGAGAUUUUACAUCCGGAUGGGAGCAAAUUCGUACACCACAUACCUACGGAAAUGCAAUCGAGGUUGUCGGAACUCCUGCAGCAGUUGCAGGAGCACUUCUGCAGAGAUGGCGCCUGGGUUGAAAACAAGGGGGCCGUACUCACAUUCCAUUUCCGCGAAACUCCCGCUCACUUACGGACCCAGCUAGAGCGACAGGCGAAAAUUUUAAUAGAGGGAGCUGGGUUUAUUGCGGCGAAAUCCCUUUGCGCCUUGGAAGCUCGUCCGCCUGUCGAGUGGAAUAAAGGCAGGGCUUCGAUUUACAUCUUGCGCACGGCUUUUGGUGUGGAUUGGAGCGAGCGUAUUAGAAUUAUUUACGCCGGCGACGACACCACUGAUGAAGAUGCUAUGGUGGCUUUGAAAGGUAUGGCGGCGACAUUUAGAGUGAUAAACUCUCCAAUUACAAAGACCUCGGCGGAACGCCGAUUGUCAUCUACCGAUUCAGUCCUAACACUUUUAAAAUGGGUUGAAAGGCACUUGAACGGGCGAAAACCACAGCAAAAUGACACACGCAAGAAUUCAAAUUCGCCCAAGGAAGGCGCGCAGAUGGAGAUGUCAUUUGUACAGCCGUCACCAGCGUAAACGACACUUCACAAAACAAUUUUUUAGGAAGAAAAUUAUAUUAGGAGUGCGAAAUAUUUUUUAUCAAUGUUUCAUGGUGUAACAGUUUCUUACAAUAUAGGGGUACCCUUGAUCAUAUUAAUUAAUUUUGACUGUUUACUGUGUAAUGGUGAAUAUUUUGAAAAGUGACAGAUGGCUAUCUCGUGAUUUAUCUUUUCUUGUAAUUACCCUGUUAGGAAAAUGGACUGUGGUUCUCUCACCGUAAAAUAAAAAUACCUCUUGCCCAGAAUCAAGCCCUUGCUUGCAGUUCUCAAAAAAUUCAAAUUCGUCAUAUUCUGAACCAUUAACAUAAGGAAAGCACCAUUAAACUCGUUCCAACCACCAAAAUCUUAUAAAAACGCACCUAUACCCAUGCAGUGUCUUGGAAAGAGCCCAUGACAUUGCAAAA